ACCGGGAAUUGGCGUCAUUUCUUACCGGAGCUAAGGAUUUACUAAGGCUUUUGUUGCCGUUUGGCGGGAUUUAGCUCAAAUCAUUUGUAAAUCCUGCUUAAAACUGGCUACCAAACAGUCCUGAAGCGCGCUUCAGCCCCGAUAAAUCCCUUGAAUCUACCUUCCAACGGGAUUUACUAAAUCCUGGAUUUAAGGCAAAACUGAGGAGAAACGGGAUUUAAGAUGCUGUAGGAUUUAACGCAGUCAUUUCUGUAAUCUGGCAGGAUUUAGGUUAAAUUCUGCCACCCUUGCUAACCCAUAUUCUAUCUAAUACACCAUAUCUGCUGCGGUGGCGAGGCGCAAUGGCUGCCAGCGACGAACUAUUCUCUAUGGAUAUUGAUGUCGUCCAGGAUCCACCCAAGCCUUCUCGUUUCCAGCCCAAGGUGAAGGGCAAGGACAAGGUGAAGGCCGAGGCAUCAUCGUCACCAUUGUUGGCUCUUACACGAAUGCCACCUGCAGCAGAGUCCAUUUCUCAUUCGGUUAAAAUGGAGCCCUCUGAAGUUGCGUUUGUUCCUUACUGCAACGGCGUCAACAGAACGACCAACGGAGUAGAGAGCAGUUCGAUGGAUAUUGAGGAUGAGGAGGAUGUGGUGGUUCAGGAGCUCGAUGUAUACAUAAAUCCAUAUCUUGAUGCAGACACUAAGUUAUAUAAUAUGCAACAUCUAGAAAGGCCUUAUUUUCGUCCAUACGAAAUGAAUGAAAGAUGCAAUGAGGUUUGGAUUAACCCAAAAUCAUCACAAAUUGAAAUUCAAUUGAGUUUUGACACAGACAAUGAAGAAAACUAUGACCUAGAAGUUGAUGAUAAUUCGAUGAUUACUACACUGACAUUGUUGUCAUCCUCAAAGCCUUUUGCAAAUGAUGUUGCUGUUGGGUUCCUCAAAGGAAAUAAUUUUUAUGUGACUCCUUUGCAUGAAGUGGUCCAGUUUCGGCCAUCAAUGUCUCAGAUAAAUGGAGUUCAGAAGAUGAGACAAGGUGGUCAUCAUCUACAAUCUAAUUUAAAGCCGGUUGAAAAUGUUAAGGAAUCCUUACAGGUAUCAAAUAAUAAGGGAAAGGUCAUGCAGGACGAUGCAAAAGAGGCUAAUGAGCUCAUCAAUACUGAUGAGCCAUGGGUUUUACUGGAGUAUCAUGCUGGUGAUAGUACAAAUUCAUUAAUUUAUUCGGAAAGGGCACUUACCGAUGGAAGAAAUCGUAUGCCAUUAGAUAUGAAGCUGCCUGAUUAUGUCAACUCCUUUGACCCUGCAACAUCUGGCUGCAUGAGGAAAACUAUUGGCUCUUUGAAAAGGGACUUGCUCACAAAGCCUUUAGAAGAUCGUCUCAAGCAAUGGCUUUCUGAGGGGCCUCAAGUGAAUCGUUUUACUGCUCUGCUGCAUCUUGCUCCUAAUGAUUCUGUGGAGGAUGUUCUUACACAGCUUCAGCGUUAUGCAUAUUUGGUACAAGGCCUAUGGGUUUCUAAAAGUUCUUUAUUUCAUGAUGGACUCCCAGCUCUGUAUAGAGAUUACAUCCUUCUGCAAUUUAGUAAACUGCAUGCCGUCCAUGAUAGCAAACUGAAGGUAGUAAAACCUGAAGAUCUUAGAAAAAGUUUGCUAAAACCGCUGGCUGUUGAAAGACCUUUGCUUCAAGAUUGGAAAUUUAAAGAAGAUACCGAUUCAUCAUUUAUUAAACAAUAUCCUGAAAUUGUUAAAGAGCAAGAACUCGCUUGGUCUGUUCGUGAGAAGGAAAUCUUGGAAUCCUUGCCUGCUGGUGGAAGAAGCUUUUCUUCAGUGUUGAAAAACUAUGCAAAUCUGGGCAUAUCAUCCAAACCCAAUGGUUCGAUCGAGCCGGGACACAAUAGAGAUAGAAGUGAUUUGAAAAGUUCUGUAUUUGCAAAUAUGCCAAAUAAGCGCCAAGAACCUCUUGCAAAAUCUAUUUUGGAACUCUUACACCUUUACAAGGUGCUCAGCCUUAAUUCGAUCAUUCAAGGAUUGCAGGGAAAGACGAAUGCUGGCUCAGCUGAGGUUCAAAGUGCUGCAGAUCAAAUUGCUUUGAAAAUUCAUGACAUAUAUGUGUUGAAGUCUUUGGGGAAACCAACAUUGGAUCAAUUCAGGAAUGUUGUUAUUGAAUAUUUCAUUGGCAAGGGGCGAAAUGCAAAGGUUAAGAAGCAGGAAAUAAAAUUAGCUGCUCAGUAUCGACUGAAAAGGGUUGUUUCUGAUGUUGAUUAUGGUCAGGUUAUGAAUGAGCUUUGCGUGUCUAGCGGAGGAUCAUGGAUGCUUAAAAGUGGUGCCUUGAAAUGAAGCUGGUCACUUGCUUAACCUGACUUAUUUUUGUAAUUGUUGUAAAAUUUUAUGAGUUUUUUUCUGUAAUUUUGAAAUGUCUGUUUUCCUUAUACAUGUAUAUAGGGUCAUUACUCAUUAGUUUUGUUUAUUAGAUUUAUAUAUUUGUUUUGACA